AGUUGGCUCUUCCAACACAGUCAGACGUCAAAUGGUUAAGGCCAGGAGCUCCCAAGCCGAACACAGUCAGUUAGAAUUUCGUAGUCGAGAAGCAAGUAAUGCAGUGAGGGAGUCGUAUUUUCCAAAUUUACUCAAUACUCAAAAAUAAAAAAAUACUCGAAUAUUUUUAACUGAGAUUCCGCGCGAAUGAGAAGCUAGAAGAAGGCUAGAUAUCAUAUAUAUAUGUAUAUAUAGGAGCGAUUUGAGCGAGAAAGAGUCCAACCCACUAACUAAAUUGCUGUCAGGCAUUGUUUUCCUUUUGGUUUCUUUUGGAAUUACACGUUUCGGAUCACACCAAGGAUCACCGGGAGUAGGCUGCAUAAUGGAAGUAGAACAGCAGGGGUCUCGUCCAGUGGUGGAGAAGGCUUCGUCCAAGACUCCGUCCAAGACUCCGUCCAAGACUCCGUCCAAAUCGUCAAAGACCAAAUCGACGAAGAAGGUCAAGGACCCGGAGGCCGAGAAAAGGCGAACCCAACGACUGGGCCACCUGUCCCGCGCCCCGGGCAAGUGUCCUCUGGGGGCCUGCGAUCAGAUGGUCUUCCCUUCCGGACUGCUCGUCCAUUUGCUGCACAAACACACGCGUGAUCCGAACUGCAUGGUGGCCACCAUAUACGACAACCAACCGAUGCGACUCUCUCUCGAUCCGCGCAGUUUCCGCGCCGGAGUGCCCCAAUGCCUGGCCAUCCUGCUCUAUGCCGGAGUCGACGGGAAACGGCGAACAGAGCCGGGCAGGCGUCAGAUGAGUUUCCCGAAUGCCGGGCUACUGAAUGACCGACGCCGCUACGAGAAUCACUUGACCAUGGCCCUGAUGAUAUGCAAGACCACGUUCUACGCCCUGCUGGCGGACAAGGAGCUGGAGAACGAUCUGGCCGCUCUGAAUCCCACCACUUCGGGACUGUACGUCAUCUGGGUUGUGGCGCCGAUUACCACGAGACGCAUCUACUAUACGCUGACGGCAUUCGAUCGGUACUACAUGCAGUCCCGUAGCGUGAUCCGCAAAGUUCGCAACUACACACACUCCCAGAAUCCGAGUGACUUCCUGCCGGGCGAGUCCGACUACUUGCUGCUCCGCGAGGCCGAGGCCAUGACGAUGCUCGACGGCAGGCAGUUCCUCGACUCCCGCCACUGCUACGAUCCCCAGUUGAGAAAUAUGGGCGCCCUGUCGCCCGGCAUCCAACUGGAGCUCAUCGUUCACGAUCAUCCCGUGACGAGCAGCCUGCAAGAGCGCACUUCCCGCCAGCUGUACGAAACUUAUAGUGCUCCGAACGCCAGGAUGCCGCGCAACAAGUUCAACCUGUUCCGGGGCGUCAACGGCAAGCUGACCCUGGGCCGGAAGCCUCUCGCCGCGGACAAGGACAGGGCCAGGGAAUCGGGCCUCAAGAGCGGCAAGCACGAGGAGCAGCGCAUUGGGAAGCGCCUUCCGAAGCGGACCAAGGAAGGCGGCGUCGAACGCUCCGAGAAAUCAGGGGCCAUUACGAAGAACCGUCAUCACAAAAAACGUACCGAGCGGAGCAAGGGCGGCUUGGAGGAGAUUAUGAAGAAGGCCCACGCGGACAUCUACCUGGCAGAGUCGCAUCUCCCUUACAACGUUAACGAUUUGGGGGUUGAGGGCAUGGAGGGCUGCAGCGCCCUCUCCAAGGACUCGUCCCUGCCAGUUUCCACGGGCCUUAACGCCACGCCCGAAUUUCUGCCGUGCUCCAUGGCUGACUCAAUAACUAGCCCCAAUGACUACAGCAUCGCCUCCUUCGAAGGUUUUAAGACGAGCUCCAAACUCGACUCUAACGAUAGCUUCAAGGCGUACGCCGAGGAACCCUUCCAACUCAAUUUCUCGGAGGAUUUCUUCAAGAACUCGGGCUCUCAGGUCUCUGGGGGAGGUGCUAUGGGUAAGAAUCCCGCGAGUUACAAGGACAGCUCCGAGGAGAGUCUGCCGGAGAAGUAUUCGGGGAGGUGCCAGGGCCAGGGCCAGGUGAGGAACAGAGCCUGCUCUCUGCUUAGCUCCCUGCUGGACUCUUCGACCAGCUCGAAGAUCUAUUCCCCGUUCCCGGUCCACUUUAACGAUUUCCAGACUGUGGAAGUGCCGUCACCGCCGUCCCUUCUCAUUCCUCACAGCGAGGAGACCAAGGAGAACAUCCAGCCGAGCAAGAAAUCAGAAAGCUCCGAGGAGAGUCUUCCCGAGAAGUAUACGCGCUGCUAUCAGAAGAACCUAAAGCGACCCUAUCCCCAGGAGUACGACGACGACAUCAAGGGCCCGUCCCAACCCAAGAUGACGAAAAGCUCCGAUGACGAUAUGUUAAAAGAACGUCGUCGGAACCGGGGCAGUCGUCAACUGGAUGAAUUAUUCAUCCUUAAGGAGCGCGAAUGGGAGUCGGCCAGCCUGAAGGGAGCUGGCUUCCUCAUCGAACCCAUCCGCAGUCCUCAAACUUUGAGUCGGGAGACAAUCCAAAGCCAGAACGCCACAGCCACGGAGAGUGCCAUCAAGCCCGUACCCUGUCCGAUGGAGAAGGUGCGUGAAGCGGUCAUGAGAACCGUCAAGGAUGCCCUGCUUAUGGCGGCCAAGGAGACUAUCUUAAUGGAUGUGGAUCUACCUUUAAUAUCGAACUCUGAACCGAAUUCGAAUCCGGAUCAGGCUAAUGCCGAAGUUGAACUCAAUCCGGAAACGGAAGAGCCAAUCGCCCAACUGGAAGAAGAGUAUCCAACAACUUCUGGCAACAACCUGCCCAUCGCCACCGGACUCGCUCUAACCCUCGAGGAAACAUCUGGUUCCGACUGGGAUCAGCCAUAAAGAAACCAUAACGCACUCAUCUUUGGAAGCGCCGCCCAUUCGUAACGGUCAUUUGUUAAAUUCUCUGUGAAAUUCUAACUUCAUUGGCACACCUUUCCACCGAAAACCACGCCAAGAAAAAUCCUAAAAUCAUGAUCAGGUGUCGAGUAUCAAAAAGCAAAGCUGCAAUUCCCAUUUAACCGCCAGACAAAAUUCUAAUAUUCUAUUUGUAAGCCUCACUUUAACCGUAUAUGACUCUGAAGCAGGUAGCAUGCCAGUCAAGAUUUUAUGAAAUCAUUAAAAGCGUUGAAUGAAAUAAUA